ACCUCGUCAUCGACCAUGCCACCAACGACGGCGACCCAACCGCCACGCACAUACCCACAGCCAGCUCCUACAAAUACCUAGGGGUCAUUGUCACACCCACGCUAGGAUGGCACCUCCAACGCAACAAGGUACUCGCCAAGGCGACGGCAUGGACCACCCUCUUCCGACGACUCAUCCGCACAUCCAAAGGCCUACCAACAGAACUGGCUAGACGAUUAUACAUAGCAGUAGCCCUACCAAAGAUCACAUAUGCAGCAGAUGUGUGGUACACCCCAGCCUAUGCUCAAGGCGGCAUAACAAAGGGAGGAUCAGCUGGCCUCAACCAUAAACUCAACGCAAUCCAACGACAAGCCACGAUAGCAAUGUCCGGGGCCCUAAGGACAACGGCAGCUGACACCCUUGAAGCCCACCUCAACAUCCCCCCUAUCCAUCUCUUUCUCCACCAACGAUGCAGCCUAGCAGCCAUGAGGCUAUCCACGAUCCCAGACGACCAUCCGCUCCGCCCGCUGGUCAACAAAGCAGCACGAUACCGCCUGGUCAAAAGACACCGUACCAACCUCCACGUCUUAUUCUACCUCACCAGAAUCAUACCCAAGAAGAUGGAAAGGAUCCAACCGACCAGGAAGCCACCCAACUUCACCCCAAACAUCACCACACGGAUAGAGGCGAACAAAGAGGCAGCACUCAAUUUCAACAGCAACAUCGAGGCGAGAGGAGUCCGGGUCUACUCAGAUGGAUCAGGCUACCAAGGAAAAAUAGGAGGAGCAGCAAUCCUAUAUGUCAACGGACAGAGGCAACAGUCGGCACAAUUACAGCUUGGACCUGACACCGAACACACCGUCUAUGAGGGAGAAAUUGUAGGAAUCUUACUAGCGCUACACCUGCUCAAAAACUGCAAGGAGGCACACAAACAAAGCACACGUCUCAGCAUCAGCCUCGACAACCAGUCCAGCAUCAUGGCGCUCACGAAUCAGGAGCCCAAGCCCAGCCACGCCCUUCUGGAUAGGGUGCAUGACGCACUGGCAGUAAUAAGCAAGCAGCUCAAAAAACGUAUCCCAUUCUACUGGGUCCCAGGCCACAUGGACGCAAGAGGAAAUGAGGAAGCAGAUGAGCUUGCCAAGCAAGCAGCGCUCGGCAACAGCACGGAGAAACGAGAGUUACCUAGAGUGCUCAGAAAACCCAUAGCA